AAUUGGCAUAAAAUUUAAUGAUCAUUGGAUAAUCGAAAUUUUCAUCCCAAACAAAUUUUUCGAAUCCAUAAUUAUGGCUACUGAACAACAACAAAUGAAAGAUCAAAGCAAUGUAAUUCGUGAAAAGCUUACUGAUCGUAUUCAACAAUUGGAAAGUGGUUACAAUCAGGAUUUCGGAGAAAUAUUGGCAGAUGUAAACGCGCUCCUUAUUUCCGCGAAUCAUCGAGAUGUUCAGCAAGUAACCAAUCAGAUGAAUCUGGCUCGUCUUUUCGAUCGAUUCAAUGCUUUGUCAGUCAAAGAUGAGCUUUUCACCGAGGAAUUACUUCGUGUAUUCGGCAUGUUCCUAGAAUCAUUGCCAAUCAAUGAUAUUUUUGUUAAAUAUAAUGAUCAGAUUCUUCAAGGUCUUCAAUCGUCCAACGCUACUAUCAUCGAUAUGUGGGUACAAAAAGUGGUCAAACCAUUGUUCACCAAUGAAGGAUUGUUGAAAAAUAUUUCGAAAAGUUCGGUUAAUAUUGUUCCAAUCCUAACAGCUGUCAUUGAAUUAUUGCCUAGCCAAAGUACAUCGAUUGCUUCUGCUUCCCACGAUAUUUGCGUGAUAACUGCUAAAAUAUUUCGCCAGGAAUUUUUUUCACCACAAAUUCUUGACUGUUUGAAAAGAUUAAAGACUAGACAUUCUCAAACGGAAAAAGAUGCUGAACAAUUUAUGAUACGAUUCUACGAACUUAUUGUUGAUAUCGCUGCAAGCAGUCAGUUAUUGCUUGACAUGUUAGAAGCAAAUGGUUUACUUAUGGAAAUGAUUGAAAAUUCACAACAAAAAAUCGAUAGAGAUCCGUUGGUCGCCUUGAAUAUCAUUAAAUUACUCACAGAUCUAGCAUCGAAACCUCAUGGUUUGGAUUUUGUAAAAAAUUCCACUACUCUUUUGCCUUUGAUUGCUAAAAAAAUUGACAACAUCAAUGAAGAAGACAUGUUAGAAUCGUUAAUUUUGCCCGGUUGCAUAAAUUUCUUUGUUCGGAUUGCUCAAACAAACAUGUCGAUAUUGUUGAACGAAUAUCCUCAAGUAUUAAACAAAUUGACAGAAUAUUGUCGACAACAACGAGCCGGCAAUACCGAGCUUCAAUUACUGGCCAUAGAAUCAGCAGCUUUUCUUUGUCAACAAAGCGAAGGAAAAUCUAGUUUAGCUGAUAGAAUGCCAAUUUUUUUGGAUACCAUCAUUAUGAUGAUCAACGGUGGUCAUAAUGAUUUGAAGAGUCGUGCAAUCAGUGCUUUGAAUGGAAUCAUGCAGAUCAAUGGAGGUGAUCCCGGCAAUAAAGCAACUGAAUUGACCCAAACCUGGUAUGACCAUUUAGAUUCAUCCGGUUGUGGAUUGGAUCGAUUCAUGAAACUUGUGCUCGAACCUUUCAUCGAUGUUCGAAUCUCAGCCAUCAAUUUUAUCCGAAUUCUAUCUACGUCACUUUGGGGUCAAAAAUUGCUAUCUGAAUAUUCAGGAUUCCUCGAUUACCUACUUGAUCGUAGCACAGAGACCUGCAAACAAGGUCGUGAAGCUAAAUUUGAAAUUGUCUGUGAAUUGGCCAUGUCUCCUUUCAUAAGGCUUUCGUUUCCACCAGAAUCGGUUUUACGAAUUCGUGGUUAUUUGAAAGAUGGGCCAAUCAACAAAGAAGUUAAUGUUGCUUUCGAAAGUUCAUAAUUUCUGUUUUUGAUUUUGAUUUUUGUACAAAUGUAUUUUUUAUUAUAAAAAUAAAAAUAAAAAACAAAUAUAAAGUUUG